UUCUUAAUUUAAGGCGUAUAUGUAAGUUUCAUAAUUUGGUUUUAGAACAAAAAAAUAAACAAACCGAAAUCAAAUCCAAAUGAGCCACAAAAACGAAGACAAGAAGAAACGACGAUGAGCUUCACUGCUUCUCUCAUCUCUUCUUUGGCGUCUCCGUCUCUCGUCUCGCUCCACGAUCUUCCUCCUUCCUCUUUCCUCGGAAACAAAGUCAUCAAGCUAACAAUCGUCACUCGUUCACGGCGGAAAUUGUCCGCAUCCUGUGCUCCGGCAACAAAAGCAGCUGCGUCGUCGGAGACAGCCAAGAACGUUGUCCCCGAUAUGGCUCCGACAUCGGCGUCUGAGGUCGUCUCCAGCUUCUACGCCGCCAUCAACGGCAAUGAUUUAUCCUCCGUCACCGACCUCAUCGCUCAGGACUGCGUUUACGAGGAUCUCGUCUUCUCAUCCCCCUUCGUUGGCCGAACGGCAAUUCUAGAUUUCUUCGGAAAGUUCAUCGAAUCAACAAGUAGGGAUCUGCAAUUCGUGAUAGAUGACAUUUCAACAGAGGACUCGUCAGCUGUUGGAGUUUCAUGGCAUUUAGAAUGGAAGGGCAAGAAUUUCCCGUUUAGCAAAGGCUGCAGCUUUUACCGGCUACAAGUAAUCGAUGGCAAGAGACAGAUCGUAUAUGGAAGGGACUGCGUUGAGCCUGCAAUCAAACCUGGAGAAACAGUUCUGGCUGCUAUAAAGGGAGUUACCUGGUUGCUGCAAAAAUUUCCUCAACUGGCCGAUAGAUUCUGAUGGAAUUAUAAAGCUCCUGCUUGAUGAAGUGGAUCAGCUUGAAGAGAAACUACAGUACCAUACUGUUCUACUCUAACUAGAAACCGUUAUGUGUAUAUAAAUUGUUUUCGGUCUGAUGAUAUGCAGGCGUAUAUAGAAUAUGUGCUAUUAACUAAAUAAAGCUCCAGUUGAUCAUCUU